UGCUUCUCAAAGACGACAAUGACAAAGCUUCUGUGUUCAGUCCUGGCGUCUUUUCUAUUGCAUCAUUCAAAUGGAAGGAUGCAGAGGAUCCACCGGGCGUCACAAUCUAUCAUUUGUUUCUCAGAUGACCACGUUAUAUGACAGUACGUUCUCUUAUUGCCUUCCCUCCUGGAGCUCCUCUGCUUUCAUGGGGUCUCUCCUCCUGGGGAAAGAGGCUCUUUGUGCGCCAGGGUUGCAGUUCACGCCUCUCUACUCCAAUCGAAUGAAGCCUCAGUACUAUUAUGUGGGGUUAAACGGAAUCUCUGUGGGAGAGGAGCUUGUUUUCAUCCCAGAAGGAACCUUCACCUUGGAUCAGUCAACGAGAAGAGGGAGUAUCAUAGAGUCGGGAACAGUUAUCACUCGGCUGGUGGAGCCCGCUUAUAAUGUCCAGCGAGAUUCUUUCCGCCGUCAUCUCUCUGAUCUGACUUUGGCUAGUCCCACAAAUCUUUUUGAUACGUGCUACAACAAACCGACCGGCGAGGUGAAGUUUCCAAUCAUCACGUUGCAUUUCGACGAUGGUCUGGACUUGACUCUGCCUGUGGAAAACACUUUAAUCCCUGAGAAUGAGGAGGGCACUGUGUUAUGCCUUGCUUUCGCUCUUCCUCCGGGCGGGGCAGAUGCUGUAUUUUCCAUAUUUGGGAACUAUCAACAUUAGAAUUUUCGAAUGGUGCACGACAUCCCAGGGUCUAGACUUGGAAUCGCUCCCGAGAAUGGUGCAUAACUAUCGUGAAUAAUGUCGCAUAAUUAUGCCGUUAUUUUAACCUUAAUAAUAAGCACUUGCGAAUAUACCUCCCUUUAUAAUCAAACAUCGAAUUCACUAUGAG